AUGCCCUACGUCUUCCUGCGGCACGUGCCCCACGUGUCCUUGGACGCCUUGCGCGUGCUCAUCACCGACGUCUUGCCAAAGGACCUGCCGCCCAUGCCCAAGCUCGAGCAGGUGCACAUCGAGGGGCCUGACGAACUCAAGUCGUUUCGGAGCUCGUACCCGCAGGUGAAGAUUGUCUACAUCGACGAGACCAACACCGAUCCGUUCACUGCCCUGUCGCGGGGGUUGCCGCGUAAGCUCUACACCGCUCACAAGCCAGAAGCGGAGCGACUGCGGGAGCUGGCCUGCACGAAGCUCUUCGCGUCGAACGCUGCGCGGUUGGCCGCGCUCAAGCAGAUCAAGAUCGGAAUUCUCGACUCGGGGGUGAACUGGGCACACCCGGAUCUCGCAGGGGCCAUAGCAGCGACGGCAAUCUUUGUGGACUCAGAGAUAUCGUGCCUCGACCUGAUCGGCCAUGGUACGCACUGCGCGGGCAUCAUCGCCGGCGCACGCUCGGGCGUCGCGUGCGGAGUGCAGCUCUACGUGGCCAAGGUUGCCGACCAGCAUCAAAACGUCAAGCAGGAGGACGUUGCUCGAGGUGUCGAGUGGGCCAUCGCGCAGGGCGUGGACCUCAUCUCCAUGUCCCUCGGCGGCUUCAAGUACCACGAGGGUCUCCACAACGCGAUUCAGAAAGCCAUCAAUUCGGGCAUCAUCGUGGUCUGCGCCGCGGGCAACGCGGGAAGCAACCACCAGUUCAACAUCCGCUUCCCGGCCACCAUCCCCGGCGUCAUCCGCGUCGGCAGCGUCAACGCUCACGGUCGCGCUUCUGCAUUCACCUCGAUCGGUGGCGCCCACAUCGACGCCGCUGGGCCAGGCGAGGACAUACUCUCGACCUGGAUCAUACCGAUGCCGACUUCGCCUCCGUCUGGGCAGACCACGCUGCCCGGCAUCGCCGGCGCGAAGCCUGAGUGCUGGUACCAAUACGCCUCAGGCACGUCCAUGGCGGCGCCCUUCAUCGCGGGCGUCAUCGCGUGGUUGCUGGCCUACGACCGCUCCCUCGAGAUCAAGUCCAAGAAACGCCCCAGGCGCCUCACGAACGCCCACUGCGUGAAGGACCUGCUCGGCCGGCUCUGCUUCAACCCCAGCGGUGACGUCGGUGCUGGGCGUGGCACGCUCAACCUCAAGAACAUCCUCAAACGGCCGGGGCAGUUCGACUACCUUCUCAAACAGAUCUGCUAG